GAUGGAGAGAUGGUGAUAUCUAUGAAAGACUCUCUCUCUCUCUGCCCCUACCUUAUAAAAGUCUCACUAUGCAAGAGAAAUAACCCCUGCGAGCUCUUGACUACAAUUUCUUUAGCCAGUACUACUUCUUUCUCCAACAAUUUCUUACAAGCUAUACCCAUUUUUCUGCAUGGCCUUGCAAUCUUCUCUAGUGUUCUCAGUACGACGAUGUAAACCGGAACUGAUUCCUCCGGCGAAGCCCACUCCUCGCGAAUUCAAGUCCCUUUCUGAAAUCGAUGAUCAAGAUGGUUAUUGGUUUCAAUUUCCAGUGAUACAAUUUUACAAGAAUGAUCCAACAAUGCGAGGAAUAGAUCCCUUGAAGGUCAUUAGGGAGGCACUUGCAAAAGCAUUGGUUUUUUACUACCCAUUUGCUGGUAGGCUUAGGGAAGGACCUGAUCGGAAGCUUAUUGUGGAUUGCAAUGCUGAGGGUGUGUUGUUCAUAGAGGCUGAUGCCGAUGUAAGCCUGGAGCAAUUUGGUGAUACUUUUUUCCCACCGUUCCCUUGCAUAGACGAACUCCUUUAUGAUGUACCUGGCUCACAAGGGAUUGUUAAUUGCCCUUUAUUAUUGAUUCAGGUUACACGUUUGAUCUGCGGUGGAUUCAUCGUCGCCGUCCGCUUGAACCACACUAUGAGCGACGCACUUGGCCUGGCCCAAUUCUUGACGGCUUUGGGUGAGAUAGCACGUGGGAAACUGACGCCAUCGGUGCAACCCGUGUGGCAGAGGGAGCUCCUUCAUGCUCGUAACCCACCACGUGUGACCUGUGUGCAUCACGAAUUUGAUGACGUAGCCAAGGUUGAAACCAAUGGCAAGCCCAGCCCACCAGACCAACAACAACUGGUCCAUCGGAACUUCUUUUUUGGUACAACAGAGAUAACAGCCCUACGCAAGCACGUACCUUCACAUCUCCACAAAUGCUCGAGAUUUGAUUUAGUAACUGCAUGUCUAUGGCGAUGCCGUACGGUUGCACUCCAAUUGGACCCCGAUGAUGAAGUCCGUAUACUCUUCCCUGUUAAUGUCAAUAUACGUUCGAAGGAACAUCCACCGUUGCCGGUCGGGUUCUACGGCAAUGCGUUUGUCCUCCCAGCCGGCCUAUCGACCGCCGGCGAGCUGUGUCGGAAUCCUCUAGGCUACGCACUGGAGUUGGUGAUGAAGGUCAAAACAAAUGCUACAGACGAGUAUAUGAGAUCACUAGCGGACUUGAUGGUGAUCAAGAGGCGACCUCACUAUACAGUUAUAGGGAGCCUUGUAGUUUCCGAUCUGACACGUGCCGGGCUCUCUAAGGUUGAUUUUGGGUGGGGGAAAGCAGUGUAUGGUGGGCCCGCUAAGGGAGAUGUGGGGACCAUCCCAGGUAUUAUAAGUAUGCAUAUACCAUUUAAGAAGAGCAAUGUGGGAGAGGAAGCAAUUGUGGUGCCCAUUUACUUGCCCGAGCCAGCCAUGGAGAGGUUCGUAGAGGAGCUAGGAAGCAUGAUCGGAGUCUCUUUGGUGGAUCCAUAUGCUAAGACAACUAAGUCUGGCUUCAUUAGAUCCCUUUUAUAAUCAAAUGAAAGAAGAUUCCACACCCCCACAUUAGCAGUGUGGGAACCCUCUCCCCUGAAAAAAUUAAGGGGCAAGAGAACCAUGUCUACUUACAAGGCCACUAUGUCAACGUGCAAGCAAAUGGAAAGGCAUGUGGAAUUAUCUUCAAUGCAUGAGGGGGUGUGAAGACUUUUCUACGCCAACUUGUGUCUAGGCACAGAGCCACACAAGCAGGCACUGUUCUUUCUUCUAUAAUUAAGUAGGCCACCCUCCCUACUAGACAAAAUGAUCGAUAAUUUGUGAACAUCUGAAAUAAUGUGGAUAACUGCCUAGUGCAGCUGUAAUGGGAUAACGUGGUAGAUGCGUAGGUCCUUGAGGUCUCAGUUUCAAGCCUCAAUUCCACACAUAAUAUCCCCCAUCCAUCUCCUUUGUCCCCCCCCCCCCCUUUGUAACAAAAAAAAACAACAAAAGUUGUUGAAAUUUUGAAAAGGGUCGCUUCAUUGGGGGGAAGAUUCCACCCACAAUGUCAAUCUGAAUUAUUUGUAUUGCA